AUGCCUAGCAUUUCGUACUUGCUAUCGAGGCGGGCGGCUCCAGCGCAGGCUGCACGUGCACAUGCUGCUUUGAAUCGGGCUGUUUUGCCCCGCGUUUCCCGAGGCCCAUCAUUCUCCAGUACACUUUCUCUCCACACUUCGUCUAGCCCUCGUUCGGGUCCUGUUUUCUUUUCUAGCAACGGUGCACGGGCAUCUCAUCGGCCACGCCUGACAUCGCCUUUGUUUUCCGGAAUGGGUCUGCGGCCUUCCGCCGUCAUGGUUGCGCGCCGCGGACUCUCUCUUGGUGCGGCGACCAAGCUCAUUGUGCGCGCGGGCGCGGCGGCGGGCGGCGUUGUUGUUGGCGGCGCAGCCUAUGUCAACUACAAGGUCCAGGAAGUGUCUUCAUUCACUCAAGAUAAGAUUUCACAGGCAUCGGAAUGGGCUUCUGAUGUGUAUGAAGGUGCACGCGGUGUUGUCGACGGAUUUGAUUUAACUGGCAUCACUGGGUUUUUUGGAUCAAUUUCAAAAGCUGCAUCAGACUCCCUUGAUAAGACUACAGAUGGAUCAGAGACUGGAUCUGAAAACACUGAUUCAACCGGGAAUGACGGACAAUCUUCUGGUGGUAAUAACAAUGGCGAUGAUGGGACUGGAGCAGCUGCUGCGGUUCUUGGUAGUGCAUUUGCAGUUGGGACCGACGCCAAUGAGCGCAACAGUGCCAAAGAAGAUCAAAUAAUGCUUUUGACUAAAAAAAUGAUUGAGAUUCGCAAUAUUCUCAAACGUGUGGAUCAAUCGGAAACACUUCAACUGCCAUCGAUUGUGGUGAUUGGAUCCCAAAGCUCCGGUAAAUCAUCUGUGCUGGAGGCGAUUGUGGGCCACGAAUUCUUGCCCAAGGGUAAUAACAUGGUUACUCGCCGCCCCAUCGAGCUGACUCUUGUCAAUACACCGGACUCUGCAGCUGAGUAUGGUGAGUUCCCGUCGUUGGGGCUUGGCAAGAUUACCGACUUUUUACAGAUUCAAAAAACGCUCACCGAUUUAAACCUUGCUGUACCGGAUUCAGAUGCCGUUUCUGACGACCCUAUUCAGCUCAACAUUUACUCGCCCACAGUUCCAGACUUGACGCUGAUUGAUCUUCCUGGGUAUAUCCAAGUUGCAGCCAACGACCAGCCAGAUAGUUUGAAGCAAAAGAUUAACAUUUUAUGCGAAAAAUAUAUUCAGCCACCUAAUGUAAUUUUAGCCAUUUCUGCGGCAGAUGUUGAUAUGGCCAACUCUGCAGCUCUCAAGGCUAGCCGUCGAGCUGACCCCCGUGGUGAGCGGACCAUUGGUGUUGUGACCAAGAUGGACUUGAUUGAUGCUCAUCGGGGUGCAGAGCUUCUUAGCAACAAGGCAUACGCGUUGCAGAUGGGCUAUGUGGGAGUUAUUACCAAGCCGCCUUCGGGAGGUCUUUUCCGUCGCAACAGCAACAUUGGAGCAUUAGUCACACAAAACGAGCAAACUUACUUUUCGCAAUUCCCAGAGUUUGAUGAGGCUGAUGUUGGCACAACUACACUACGUCGCAAACUUAUGAAUGUAUUGGAGAAAACCAUGGCCAGUAGCUUACAACCCACUUCUGAAGCAAUUCGUCAAGAACUUGAGGAAGCCGCUUAUCAGUUCAAGGUUGAAUACAAUGACCGUAUUUUGACCCCAGAAACUUACCUUGCGGGGUCUGUUGAUGCAUUCAAGCUUGCGUUUAAGGAUUUGACGACUCAGUUUGGACGCAACGAGGUCCGUGGGCUGUUAAAGAGCGAGCUGGAUCAGCGAGUUUUGGAUUUACUUGCUCAGAGAUACUGGAACAGGCCACUGGAGACACCAAACCAAAACUUGAAUGUGAGCAGUUUAAAGAUUACAGAGCCUGCUCUUGCAGAACUUGUUGGAGCUGAUCCCGACAAUAUGUACUGGACGCGCAAGCUAGAUGCGUCGACUUCGAACUUGACCAAGCUUGGUGUUGGUCGGUUGUCGACCAACUUGGUUAUUAAUGCACUAAUGUCGGAGAUGGAUCAUUUGGUUGAUAGUACGAAUUUCCGCAACCACCCAUUUGCACGAGAGACCAUUCACGACGCAGCGUCUGGAAUUCUCAACAUGAAGUUUUAUUCUACAGCUGACCAGGUCGAGAACUGUAUCAAACCUUACAAGUACGAGGUUGAUGUUGAAGACCGGGAGUGGGCCAAGUCGCGGGAUCACGCAUACAACUUGCUGAAGGAAGAGUUAAGACAGUGCGAGAAUGCUUAUGGACAAAUGAAGAAAGCUGUUGGUACACAUAAGCUUAACCAAGUGAUUAAGUUUAUUGAAAAGACACGCGAGGGUGGCGUGCAUGGAGUACCUGCAGAUGAGAGCUCUGAUGCGUUUGGGUUUUCACAAGCUUUGCUUUCGCGUGGUCGCGAAGCGCUUUUUCUGCGAGACCGGUCAGAUACGAUUCGCAUGCGGAUGACGGCCAUCAAGUCUCGACAGUGCAAGUCAAAGGAAAACAAGUACUAUUGCCCUGAGGUAUUUUUGGAUGUUGUUGCUGACAAACUGACUCAGACUGCGGUUUUGUUUUUGAAUGUUGAGCUACUGUCUGAUUUUUAUUAUAACUUUCCUCGGGAGCUGGACAUGCGUCUUGGGCAGAACUUGACGCCGGCUCAGAUUGAGUCGUUUGCCAAAGAGGACCCGAAGAUUCGCAAGCACAUUGAGCUGCAGCAGCGACGGGACUUGUUAAAACUUGCACUGGAUAAGAUUGAGAGCGUCAUUGAGCUGGAGAAGAAUCGAGUGCGGGAUGGGUCGUUAGCGAUUCCGUUACCGAGCUCUGCACAGCAAUUACGGCAAGAGGCUGAGGCCCGCAGACGGUGGGGUCGAUGA